CGUUCACACUGUCAUGAGGAGCUGUGCUGUGGGACCUCUGUGGCGUCAUGUAGUAUCAACGAGUGACAAUCUGCCAAAAUGUAAAGGAUAAGCAGCCAUACACCACUUUCUGAAAGUAGGUGUGCAGUUGAAAAGUAUAGGGAUCUUAAAACGAUGCCUAACGUUGUUAUUACGCAUCAUGGACGCGCAAUAAUCUGUGCGUAAAAGUCAGCCAAAGAGGAGCGAAGUACUGUAAAACUUCAGCAAUGGAUGAAACGUUUUCUUGGAUGCAUGGAUGUUUCAGUGAGGCUCUGGAGCGCAACGCCAAGUUGACACUGUGAGGAACAGCCAUCUGGACUUGAGCAGGUGAUGUCUGCUUUCCGGAGUUUGACAACAGACACGGAGCGGAGCGCAGAGUGCAGCGGGGCAGUAGAUGCUGGGCAGUGACUAAGCCUCACGGCUGGAAUUGAAAUCUUCUGGGGAACAGACUUUAUGUAAGAAGCAGGACAAACACCGCCCAAAUAGUUCCGACAUACGUAGAGAAUCCAGCAUCUUGCUGUUAAGACCGAGUUAAGCUCUGAGGGGUCCGUUUUACUGAAAGAAGCAGCUAGCUGAUGCCACUGCUCCAGCAGGAGUUUGCGGAGAGUUUUGUCGUUUACAUUCUACUGUCUACCUCCUCAUCAGCAUGGACGAGAGCAUUGGUGACAGCCGCUCGGACGGGAAGAGCAUCAACCUCAGUGUGCUAAACUGGGAGCAAGUGCAACGGCUAGAUACCAUCCUCACCGGCUCCAUCCCCAUCCACGGCCGGUGGAGCUUCCCUACUCUGGAGGUGAAACCACGGGACAUCGUCAAGGUGGUCCGGAGCCGCAUGGAGGAGAAGCGGAUACAUGUCCGGGAGGUGCGCCUGAACGGCUCCGCGGCCAGCUAUGUCCUGCACGAGGACAGCGGUCUAGGAUGGAAAGAUCUGGACUUAAUAUUCUGCGCCGAACUUAAAGGAGAGAUGGCGUUUCAGAUGGUGAAAGAUAUAGUUUUUGACUCUCUUCUAGACUUCUUGCCCAAGGAAGUGAAUAAAGAAAAGAUCACACCAGUGGCUUUGAAGGAGGCCUAUGUGCAAAAGAUGGUGAAGGUGUGUAAUGACUCCGAUCGCUGGAGUCUCAUCUCCCUCUCCAACAAUCAUGGUAAAAACGUGGAGCUCAAGUUCGUGGACUCGCUUCGACGGCAGUUUGAGUUCAGCGUGGACUCCUUCCAGAUCCGCCUGGACUCACUUCUCCUCUUCUACGAAUGCUCGGAGCACCCCAUGGCUGCUGCGUUUCACCCCACAAUCCAUGGGGAGAGUGUUUAUGGUGACUUCACUACCGCUCUAGAUCACCUGCGCAAGCGCCUCAUCUGCACACGGAGUCCUGAGGAGAUUCGAGGUGGGGGCUUGCUGAAGUACUGCCACCUGCUGGUGCGGGGUUUCCGUGCAGCUUCUGACACUGAGAUGAAACUGCUGCAGCGCUACAUGUGUUCCCGUUUCUUCAUAGACUUUCCUGAUGUGAGCGAGCAGAGGAGGAAGCUGGAGUCCUACCUGCAGAACCACUUUGUAGACCUGGAGGACAGGAAGUAUGACUAUCUGGCCACGCUGUACAACGUGGUGCAGGAGAGCACAGUGUGCCUGAUGGGCCAUGAGAGGCGUCAGACUCUCAGCCUCAUCUCUUCGCUGGCACUGCGCAUCCUGGCUGAGCAGAACGCCAUCCCCAGCACUGCCAAUGUCACCUGCUUCUACCAGCCAGCGCCAUAUGUCUCAGACGGCAACUUCAGCAACUAUUAUGUAGUGCAGGUUCAGCCUGUCUACUCCUGUCCACCCUCACCUUCUCAGCAGUAUUUUCCUCCUCAGCAACAUUCCAUGUAUGCCACCUGGUUGCCCUGUAACUAAAUCUAUUGAACAUUCACUUUUGUGCAACUGAUGGAAUUUAUGCUCAAAAAAGAUGAACGAUGAUCCCUUGAGAUAUUAAAUUGACAUUAACAAGAGAAGGAAAUACAGGAGACUAAAUUAGAGUGCACACAAAAGAAGAGAAUAAAGGAAGGAAGAGAAAUGAGGACACGGGAUCUGGAUCGAGACUGUGGCGCCACAGCAGGAGGAGCUGAGCACACAGGGAGACAUGCCAAUGUGAAAGAGGCUGACCCAUCAGUUUUAGGGUUCUUUCAUCAGGCCCAAGAUUGAUCUGGCAGAGGAAACCACAAACUGAGCUCAACCUCGAAGUCAUCAACAGCCUGAGCAUGAUGAUGUUCAUGUGUUGUAAGUUGCAGCCCACAGGGACUAACAUUUCAAAUGAUGAACAUUCAUAAUUUUCACAUUACAGACAAAAACAAACACACAUCCUGAUAUAGACAGUAACAGAGGAAACACAUCCAUGCUGAACAGAGACUUUUCCAUGGUCACUGUUGUGUGUAUGUGGUGGGGAGGACGUUUUUCACACAGUGCAAAAAAGAGGAACUUGAUACUGUUUACAAAUUCAAACAUCUUCUUUGAUUCUCAAGUUUUACCAACUCUGAGACAAAAAGAAAUGGCAAAACAAUGCAUGCUUUAUUUCAGUACAGCAAUAUAUUUUCUUUAAGUGCCUAAAGGAAACAUAAAAGAAGGAGAUAUUUUCAUGAUUCUUUAUUGUAAAGAAUUGUUGAGUUGUCCAGUUGAUAUUUUCAAGGUGAUAAUGAAUGUAUCAGAGAAUGGAGAGCAGCGUCUCUUACACUGAGGAAGGUAUAGGACCAACUUAUUCUGGCGAUGCUAAGCUGAAGACUGCUCUUAUCUGCGGCCCUGCUGGAUGAACACACAUUUUGAUUACCAAAGAGGAAGCAACAAUAUAAUCUCAUCAUCUGUGUGUUGUGGGUGUGUGUAGGGGAGCAAGACUAAUUGCAGGUUUGAGAGAAAUGUACAGUUAAAGAAAUAAGUUUGGUGGCGAGGUAGCUGCAGUUGUAUUGGACUGCAACCUGAGGUGGACCAGUGCACAGCUUGAUAGCCAAGAAGCUAUUCAUCACAGACAGAAGAUAAUCUAAUCAUUUGGGGGGUGUUCUACUAAACUUUGGCAAAUUCAGACUAAAAUGCAUAAUAAUAAAUAGAUUGUAAAUAUACAGCUCAGGCUUACUUAAAGCUGCCCUGCUGAGUUCCCAUGCAAACAACCAAAAGUCAGGUUUACAUUCAGUCUUACUCACCAAAGCACAUUGUGCAUCUAACAAAAGUGUUGAGUGUGCAUUUGUCCUCAUAAAGCAUUAGUUUGUCGAAAACUGUAAUUCCUGCAUUGUUUACAUCCACGUUGGUGGUCUUCUUCUUCACUGCCUUGUUAGCAUACCUCUUGGUGUGUCACUACCACCAGCUGUCAAUCAGUGGAACAGCCUGAAACCGAAGGCAGGAUGUAAAUGGAGCUGCCUUCAUGGUUGCACAUGUGCAUGCACAAUACAAACAAAAGAGGGACCCACUGGUAAAAGCGUUACUCCCUAGCACUACAAAUGGUCAAAUAUACCCUUCAGUUUCAAAGACAAAAUGAACAGAAAGAAAACCAGAUGAAAUGCAUUUUGAAGCAGGGACAACCAGU